UCACACCGCCAGCAGAAGGGAAGAGCUGGAGACGCCUUGUAUUGUUAAUUUCCUGAAUAAUGUUUAACCUGUAGGGAACCUGUAAAAACAUCUUUUAUGGAAUGUGAUCAAGGGCUGCUCUGCAGGUGCAACCGCUAGACCCCGUGGCGUGGACGCCCCUGAGCUUCUCUCAGUGUGAUGGAUGAAGAGGUGGUUCUGCAGGAGGAGGACCUGGAGGGCUCGUGGACGCUGCUGUCCUGGCUGGCGUCCUGCCUCAUGGUGUUUGGAGGGGCCUUGCCCUAUGUGCCACAGUACCAGGAGAUCCAGAGGAGCAGCAACACUGAGGGCUUCUCCACCAGAGUCUGUCUGGUGUUGCUCAUAGCCAACAUCCUGCGCAUAUUCUUCUGGAUAGGGAAGCAGUUUGAGCUGACCCUGCUGCUCCAGAGUGUGGUGAUGAUCCUCACCAUGUUUGCCAUGCUGCACCUCUGCUGCACAGUCCAAAACACCAACCGAGUGAGCACCAAACAGCACCGACUUUCAGACUUGGACUUUCGCUACUUCUGGAAGUGGAGUGCGUUCGAGGACUACCUGCUCUUCUGUUUCGGCUUCACCGUGCUGUGUGCAGUGGUCACCCUGCUGCUGCUGGACUCUGCUGUGUUUGUAGAGAUGCUGGGCUCCUUGGCCGUGAUGUUUGAGGCCAUGCUGGGCCUCCCACAGCUACUGCAAAACUUCCACAACCACUCCACCAAAGGCAUGAGUGUGAAGAUGGUGUUGCUGUGGACGGCAGGUGACGUCUUCAAGACCACCUACUUUGUGAUGAACGAAAGUCCGGCUCAGUUCUGGGUAUGCGGUUCAGUCCAGAUCCUGAUUGACGUGGCCAUCCUGCUCCAGGUGUUGUUGUACAGCCAAGACACACGGGUCAAGCUGGGCUGAACCCGGCUGCUUCCACAGGCUUUUUAAUAAACCCCCCUGCAAUGGUGACAAAUUGUCACAGGAGAUGCUAAGUGCCAAAACAUGGAGAAAACCAAAGUCAGUGUAGAUUUUUUCAGCUUAGAAUCAAAACAUUUUGUGUUGUAUAUGUAUCAUGCAGACCAAAUGAUUUACCUCCAAGUGCCAUCAAACCAAUUUUAGCCUUUUUUUAGAUUUUUAGCAUUGUGCUGCUGUAUUGGCAGCUGUAACAGCCAGUCCUGCAUCGGUCGCUCUGCACUGGAAUCUACUGCCAGACUGAUGAGUCUCCCACUUCACACUCCACACCUCACUCACUUGUUCUCAUGAUACAUAUUGUGUGUUAGCCUGGCAUCGCAAGCUCGCUUGGUCUGGUUUGCAAGCUAAGUGUGUGUGUGUGUGUGUGUAUGUGCACUUGUCUGUGCAUGCUUGUGUGUGUGUGUGUGUG